AGCAAGGGAUCUUGUCAGCUUCUCAUUCACUGGUUUCGUCGUUUAGGUUGGUAGGAUUUGUGCCUCGUCAGCAGUGAGAAGUGUAAAAGUAACUUCGACUUCAGAGCAAGCUUCUGUUUGCCCUAACGUAUCGGAAUGAAAAGUAUCAUGUCAAAUGGUGUCAUUUGUUGUAGUUGUGGUCACACCCUCCAGGUGAACACCUCCCCAAACAUCUCGCUGUCACCGCAACUGUCCCGGCUUCUCUGCACCAACGACCCUCCCUCUGACUUGCAGGCUGCCUGGUUCCGCGAUGUUGGGUUACCAAAUCUUCGAGACGACGUCUCUCAGCUUGACGACCGAAUACGUGAUGUUGGAGUGCUGUUGCACCAGCUCGAGCAAGAGCGAGCCCAUCUCCAGACACGAGUCGACACGUUUGCAUGCGUGCUGUCCCCCACCCGACGCAUUUCAGAAGAAAUUCUCACUCGCAUAUUCAUUUUCGCCACCGUCGAUGGCACAUGUGAUGCUUUAAACACUGCUGCAAGUCCUUGGGUAUUCAUGCAUGUCAGCCAAUUUUGGCGCAAGACUGCUUCUUCAUGCCCGUCUCUGUGGUCUAGACUGCAAAUUGCUACCGUCUUUGGCCGUAGAGACCCGUCGUCUCUCCUUUCCACAGUCCUCCGCCUCUCUGAUCAAAAUAUAAAGCAUCUUGCGUUUACUUGCGACGACGAUUAUUCCUUUAUCGUCGACUCAGAUCAUGAAAAGAUGUUAGCAAAUGUUCUCCGGGUGCUUUUGGAACAUUCCAGACGCUGGGAACGCAUUUCAUGUGCCCUUCCCGCCAACGUGCUUGCGCUGCUCUCAAUUGCACGUGAACAUUUUGACUCCCUAGUAUCCAUCUCGCUGCAGUGCUCAGAUUCUGCAGAGCUACGGACGCUCGAUGCCUUCGAGAUCGCACCCAAGCUGGUGGAAGCAUGUUUCGAUGGGUUUCAUUGGAAGACAGAGAUUCGUUUACCGAGUCAUCUUACCACUUAUUGCGACAUGCGACUACAGGGAGACAUCACGCUUACUCCAUGUUACAUCGAUAUGGUCCGGCGAAACCUUCGGUUGGAAACCUUCAGGGUCAAUCAUUGCGACACCGAAGGUUCAUCCUACCCGAUUCCUCAACUAUCGCGUGUCACGCAUACAUCCUUGAAGUGUCUGGCGGCAUGCGACAACCUCUUUUUAGACAACCUGGUGCUCCCUGCCCUCGACACCAUGAAUAUUGAGCCAGGGGACCGCCGCGAGUGCCCUCCCAGCGCCUGCAUAGCCGUCCCAGACCUGAUCGUUCGCUCCCAAUGUUCGCUCACAUCUUUGUCCCUAACAAACGCUGCUCCAGACAGCAAUUUCAUCCAUAUCCUACAGUUGACCCCCCAGCUUCAAUCUCUCCAACUCAGAUUUCCUCUCUGGAUAGACAGCUGCUGGCUCUACGAAUCGCAUAUGAAGACGCUGGUAACGCGACUGGCCAAGGUGACCCUCGUACCUCAGCUGCGGGAAAUGCGGAUCGAAGUUGGGAGAAGGAACGAGCUCAUUGACGAGCUUCUCUUUUUGGAUCGGUCGUUCGUCGAUCUGAUCCGUGUGCGGUGGGGUUUGGAUUCGUUCUCGUUAGUGCGCUUUGAGGGAUGGUCAAAGUGGACGAGGUUGGAUGAGCAUCAUUUUCAGGAACUGAAACGGAUGAAAAGGGAAGGACUCGAGGUUGUUUUCAGGACGCCGAACAAGGGUGUGAUGGUAGAUCGUGUUUGACUUAUUGUGAUCGUUUUGUUAUGUUCGCUCUCGAUAAUGUAGUUUUUCAAACUUCCAGGGGUGCUAUCAUGGACGUUCACUCUGCUUCGUCGACUUUCUCCAGUGAUGGUUUCAAACAACUUUAAUCUCCUGCU